UGCCAUGGCAACUCAGUAUACAUAAUGCACACAUACACGUCAGUACCCCAAACGCUGCACGCAGAGAACAGGACAGUAAAACAAAAAUCAAUUGAUAUGAUGUGAUUGUCUUGUGAUAAAUGGGACAUUGUAACUCCACAUACAUACGCACAUUGAUACCCCAAACGCCUCUCACAGAUUAAAAGACUAUGUAACGAAAUCAAUUGAUAUAAUCUGAUUUCCUGCAAUCAGCUGAAGGAAGAAUCUUGGGGACCGUGAAAAAUACAGACAAUUAAUAGGUUUCUUGGUGAGGGUAAAUGCCCCGUCGUGAAAGACCUUCUAAUGAUCUGUCAGUUUAAGUGAACAAUCCUCUUACCAGCUGAUAAGGCUGAUAGAUACACAUAACCCGACCUGAAGAAGAUUUUGGGGUAAACAGAGCCUGCCGCAAGGAAUAUAUGCAGUACACAACUGCAGUGAUGUCUUUGAACUUCAGCCACAUAUGUCGACUCUGUAUGGUACAGAACGACAAAUUUGUUCCUCUUUUUGAAAAAGGGGGAUAUCUCCUUUUUAGAAUCAAGACCGUAGCUCCAAAGUUGAAGUUGUCUUCUGGAGAUGGCCUGCCAUCACAAGUCUGCCAGCAGUGUGCCCAACAGGUGAAUACGUCAUAUGACUUCAAGCUGAGAUGUGAAAACACUGAUGCCAUAUUAAGACAGUACCUUACCAAAAUGCAAACAAACCAUAAGGCAGGCACACAGAAAGACACGGAAGCAACUCUGCAAUCUAAAACUCAGAUGAGUAGUGGAGAUGAGGCCUGGGAACCACUGUCUAUUAAAGUAGAAGUGAAAGAGUUAGAAACUGAGGACUGCUCCCUGUCAGUCGAUAUGUGGGAGAACCCUCAGCCAGGUCCUUCAGAUGAGAAAAUACUCUCUACUGCUGAAAUAAAGUCUGAAGAGAAAAGAUCUGAUUCCAAGGACCAAGAAAAGCGCAAGGGCGUUGGUAAAAGAUUUGCGUGUUGUGAAUGUAACAAAGUCUUUCCAAGAAAGCAAAAACUUACAAGACAUCUAAAAACUCACACAAAUGCGGUACAGUUUUCAUGUCCAAAAUGUGGGAAAUCAUUUCGGCGGAGUAACAUGUACGCUAAGCACAUGCAGAAUCAUGCAGCAGGAGAGAAGCCUUACAUGUGUACGGAAUGCGGUAAGAGUUUCUGUCACAACCACAUUCUUAAAGAACAUAUUCGAAUCCAUACGGGCGAGAAACCUUAUUCUUGUAAGAAGUGUGGGAAGAGUUUUGGACAGAGUGGCAACUUGACAAACCACAUGCGAAGCCAUACAGGUGAAAAACCAUUCUUGUGUACUGUGUGUGGUAGGAGUUUUGGGUUCAAUUCCACGCUGACAAAACACAUGAUGACACACACAGGAGACAAACCCUACUUGUGUACCGCUUGUGGGAAGAGCUUCAGUUUGACAUGUACAUUGAAAAAACAUAUGAGAAUACACACAGGUGAAAAGCCAUUCCCAUGUCGUGAGUGUGGAAAGUGCUUCAAUCGUAAAGACCACUUAAAAUUACACCUCAGGACUCAUACAAACUGUUCCACUGCACCAAACGUCGUUGGCAGUGUACCCUCUUCUUUAAAACAGGAAACACACUGAUACCUAAUCAGAUAUUGCAGAAGCCUAUAAUUUAACCCUAAGAUAGACACAUGGCCAACAUAAGAAGUCUAAGAGCUACGAAAUAUGUAGCAAAAUAAAUAAUUCUGUACAGGAAAAUGUCCACUGCAGACAAGGUCUAAUGGAUUUUUCAGACAAGACGUUAUACCCUCUAUGUUGUUCCUCAGUUAAACAAAGUUGGUAUGUGAAGCAACUGUAUGUGAACAGACUUCAUUUCUAUGUGGUUAUCACUUUUAGUGUGAUAUUGUUCUGAACAUGCAUGCACCAACUAAGGAUAAAGGAGAUGAACUACAGCGUGUACUCAAUUAAUCCAUGUGAACCGCUUCAAAAUUUUAUUAGGAGAUUUCAAAAGAAAGUUUGGGAGGGAAUGCACUUAGUAGUCCUAAAAAUUUCUUCAUAUUGUUUUUUUUCCUUUUCUAUAUUAUUUAUUAACUUAUUUUUUUAAUUAUACAUAAAUUAAAAAUAUUUUUUUAAAAAAAUAAUUUUAAUAAUUUAUACUUUUUUAUUUUUUAUAUAAAAUUAAAAAUAUCUUAAUAAACCAUUAAUUUAUCCAACUAACCUAAUUAUUGGUCUGACAUCACAAUGAUUAGAAAAUUUAGCUCCUACUUAAAGAAAAUACAAUGUAUACCCAUUAAAAAGCUCAGUAGGUUGAUCUGACAUCACGGGAAUAACUUCCUACCUCAGAGAGAACACAUGUCACUGUUACAAAGCUCAAUUAUUGGUCGGUCUAACAUGAUGGCAACCAGAACAUUCAGUUCCUACCACAAAGAAAAAAAAUAAUUCAACACCAUUACAAAGAUCAAUUCCAUUCACAGAAGUCAAAUGUCAGGUUUCUGUGUUCAUUGACUACCGAGCAGUAUGUGCUAUCGCUAUGUCGUGUUGCAACAGUUGCAGCAUAACUCUAAAACAAAAAACCCAUUCGCCAUAUACACAUGAGUCAGAUCUCACAGUAACCGCUCCUCUUGAAGAAAAAUCAUGGUCUGACAGUUCUUGCACAAUCUGUAUUUUAUAGCGGUGAGCAUCAGUCAAAGUGAUUUCCUCCAGCACGUUGAGGACAACAGAAUGUUUGCAUGCUUAUUGACUGAGGCUGUGACCAAUAAUGGCCCAUACCCUUCCAAUGUUUUCUGGUAUCUGUACAGUUCUUACAUUGCCACGAGGUGUUUUGUAUUUUGCACAAGCUGCAGUUCAAAACUUCUCUGCCCUGUUUGUUGAUGGCAAUGCAAUCAGGAAACUUUCCUUUCAACAGCACUAUGAACUUGCAUUAGUCUUGCUCAAAAUGAAUAACAAGUGCAACUAUGAUAACAAUGACAGAGUGGUGAUAAUGUGAUGCAAGGCAAUUAUGGUAACAAUUACAUCACCACGGACAUGCUGAAGAUUGUGAUAAUGGCAUUCAUGACAUUCAUAUAACUGAUUCAAUGAAAAUAAAAAGUAUGAUUUUUGACUA